AUGGCUGUAGUGAGUUCUAUGCCUGCAAUUCAACCUGUAGAGCGGUUAAGGUAUCCUGUUAUUUCUCCAAACAUGGCUUAUGGUGGAGAGAUUGUGGAAGAGCCUGUGGCACGCAUGAUUGAAGAUAUGAUAUAUGUUGCGGUGGCAAAAGAUGUCAAAGACAGCAAAUCAACUCUGGUAUGGGCAGUCCAUAACUCAGGAGGGAAGAAAAUUUGCUUAGCUCAUGUUCACCAGCCUUCACAGAAGAUUCCCUGCAUGGGGGGGUGGUUCCCAGCUAGCUCACUGAAGGACGAGGAAGUCAGAGCAUACCGAGAAAUUGAGAGGCAAAACAUGAAUAAGAUCCUGGAGGAUUACCUUCGUAUAUGCCGUCAAAUGGGGGUUCGGGCUGAAAAACUACAUAUUGAAAUGGACUGUAUUGAGAAGGGAAUUGUGGAACUCAUCUCUCAGCAUGGAAUAAGGAAGCUUGUAAUGGGAGCAGCAGCAGACAAAUACCAUUCAAGGAAAAUGAUGGACCUCAAGUCGAAGAAAGCCAUAUACGUGCGCCAACAAGCACCUGUUUCCUGUCACAUACAAUUUAUUUGCAAGGGGCACCUUAUACACACCAGGGAAGGUAAUUCAGAUGGAGUUGAUACAGAUGUUCCAUUGCUGCAACCAAGUCCAAACACUGAUCCUGAACAAUCAACGCACCUCUUUAGAUCAAGAUCUGUUACACUCGGGCAGAAUAAUCGAGCAAAACUCACCAAUCCAGCUCAAGAUUUGUACCGCAGGGUAAGAUCGGCAAAUAUGGAGAAACGUGGAGGGAGCAUAAGUGAGGCUACUUCCUCAGAUGGUACUGAAGGGCUGUCAACUCCAAGUAGGUUCGAAGCAGGAGGGAGUCCUGAUGACUGGGAUAGGGUAUCAAGGAGGAGUGUUUCAGGAUAUUCAUCAUGCUCUUCUGCAUUGGGUGAUUUAGGUCUGGUUCAGUAUGAGAGAACUGAGGGAAGUGAAAAUGGGUCAACUGAGUCACUUGCACUUUCUCAUUUCAAAGAACUUAAUCAUUCAUCCCCUCCCAGUGUAUUGGAUGGAAAUAUAGAUGAUAGUCUGUAUGAUCAUCUUGAACAAGCAAUGGCAGAGGCUGAAAAUGCAAAGCGAGAGGCAUUUCAGGAGGGAAUCAGGCGUGGGAAAGCUGAAAAGGAUGCCAUUGACGCCAUACGGAGGGCUAAAGCAUCAGAGCUCUUAUAUAAUGAGGAGUUGAGACAAAGGAAAGAAAUUGAAGAAGCACUAGCGAGAGAGAGAGAAGAACUCGAAAAGAUGAAGAAGCAACGAGAUGAAGUCAUGGAAGAAUUAAGGGCUGCCCUAGAUCAGAAGUCACUACUUGAGAGCCAAAUUGUCGAGUCUGAUCAGAUGGCCGUGAGGUUGGAGCAGAAGAUAAUCUCAGCUGUGGAACUUUUACAAAAUUACAAAAAAGAACGGGAUGAGUUGCAUGUGGAGCGUGACAAUGCGCUUAGAGAAGCUGAGGAGCUGAGGAGAAAACAAGGAGAGGCCUCAAGCUCACACUUGCCUCAGUUCUUCACUGAGUUCUCAUUUACGGAGAUUGAGGAAGCAACUCGAAACUUUGAUCCAUCACUGAAGAUUGGAGAAGGGGGAUAUGGGAGCAUUUUUAAAGGCUCAUUACGUCACACCCAGGUGGCUAUAAAGUUGCUACACGCUCACAGCAUGCAAGGUCCUUCUGAGUUCCAGCAAGAGGUGGAUGUAUUGAGUAAGUUGAGGCACUCCAAUCUCGUCACACUCAUUGGUGCCUGUCCCGAAUCUUGGACUCUCAUUUAUGAGUAUCUUCCAAAUGGAAGCCUUGAAGAUCGACUCAGCUGCAAGGAAAAUACUCCUCCAUUGUCAUGGCAAACUCGAAUACGCAUUGCCACAGAGUUGUGCUCUGUCCUUAUCUUUCUCCAUGCCAGUAAACCUCAUGGCAUAGUACAUGGUGAUUUGAAACCUGCGAAUAUUCUCCUUGAUGAUAACUUUGUUAGCAAACUUAGUGACUUUGGAAUCAGUCGGCUAUUGUCUCGUGGGGAGGGUUCAAGCAACAAUACAACACUCUAUUGCAGAACUGACCCAAAGGGAACUUUUGCAUACAUAGAUCCUGAGUUCCUCUCAUCAGGAGAGCUUACACCAAAGUCAGAUGUUUAUUCAUUUGGGAUUGUACUACUACGACUGCUGACUGGGAGACCAGCUUUGGGGAUAAUGAAGGAAGUGCAAUAUGCAUUAGAUUUGGGAAAGUUGGAAACGCUAUUGGAUCCUUUGGCUGGAGACUGGCCAUUUGUUCAGGCUGAACAGUUAGCUCGCUUGGCAAUGAGGUGUUGUGAGAUGAGCCGGAAGUGCAGGGCAGACCUUGUAUCGGAUGUCUGGAGGGUACUUGAACCCAUGAGGGCUUCAUGUGGAUGCUCAUCGUCAUUCCGUCUGGGUACUGAAGAGCAUUUCCAACCUCCUUCCUAUUUUAUUUGUCCCAUUUUCCAGGAAGUCAUGCAAGAUCCGCAUGUUGCGGCAGAUGGAUUUACUUAUGAAGCAGAAGCUUUGAGAGGAUGGCUGGACAGUGGUCAUGAUACUUCACCCAUGACAAAUCUUAAGCUUGAACACAAGAAUCUUGUCCCCAACCAUGCUCUUCGUUCUGCAAUUCAGGAGUGGCUGCAAAAGCAUUGA